CAGUAGCUUUAGCUAAUACAAAUCCGCGCUAGUCUUUCCCUCAAAGGGUUAACUGCUCCAUCACGAGCUACAGGGAACAGGUUGCCAGGGAAACGGCCGCAUGGCAACAGGAUCAGAGCCUGGGGGUUGUCUGCUGCUAAGUCUGCUCCCAUUUUACAUUUCUUCACUAGAUGGUGUGCAAGCCACUGGAGAGUAGCAUAGACUUCCUCGCGCAAUAAGACUCUAACCAAAACAAAUCUGGGAAGCUACACGGAACGCCAUUGAUCUUGUUUUUAAGGACGGAGGAGCGGGAUUAAUAUUUUUGACAAACCCAUUUUUUAAUUUUUGAUAGCGACGUGGAAAACACCAAGUUUAGCGGUGAUGGACAUUAUGAUUGCAGUGCAGGAUGCGUGUGUCUCUGGUCAGUGGCUCACCGCUAUAAUCCUCAGUCUUUGCUGCUUUUUGCCUUCGUGCUUGCCCGCUGGACAAACUGUGGACUAUGCUUCGAGUGAAAGUGUGGUCAGCAGACAAGGAGACACUGCGCUCCUGAGGUGCUAUCUGUUGGAUGGGAUCUCAAAGGGAGCAUGGUUGAACCGUUCCAGUAUAAUAUUCGCAGGGAAUGACAAGUGGUCAGUGGAUCCACGUGUGUCCAUUGUGUCAAAUGUGGGUGACAAACAUGAAUACAGUCUACAAAUACAGAAAGUGGAUGUAACAGAUGAAGGCUUGUAUACCUGCUCUAUACAGAGUGAACGCAACCCACGGCCCAAACUCAUUCAAUUAAUUGUAAAAGUUCCUCCCAAAAUAUAUGAUAUUUCAUCGGACAUCACAGUAAACGAAGGUGGUGAUAUCUCACUCUUCUGUUUCGCCAGUGGAAAACCAGAGCCUAAAAUCACCUGGAGGCAUAUCUCCCCAUCAGCCAGGAAGUUUGGGAGUGGAGAAAAUUUGAACAUAACUGGCAUAACUCGUGACGCAGCAGGGGACUACGAAUGUGGCGCUGAGAAUGAUAUCGCCUCUCCUGACACCAGGACUGUGAAAGUCACAGUUAACUUUCCGCCAUUGAUCCACGAGAUGAAGAGUCAUGGCGUCCGGCCCGGCUUCACAGCCCUGCUGAGGUGUGAGGCAGCCGCUGUGCCCACUCCAGUCUUUGAGUGGUACAAGGGGGAGAAAAGGCUUAGCAAGGGUCAACCAGGCAUUGACAUCAAGAACCUCAGCUCCAGGUCAGUCCUUACAGUGAGCAACAUGACGGAUGAUCGCUAUGGCAACUACACCUGUGUGGCUGUUAACAGGUUGGGAACAGCCAACGCCAGUGUGCCUCUGAUUCCAAUUAUUGAACCCACCACAACUAGCGCUGUCUCAAGUCCAGCACCCAACACGACUCCAUAUGGAAGUACAGGAGGAGGUGAAGUUCUGCUGGCCUGCUGGUAUCUGAUCCUGGUUCUCUCCUCACUGCUCUGCGUUUACUAGCCUUGGGGACAGCCAUGCACAAUGACUGUAAAGAACCCUUUCGAGCAUUUAGCAAAUCCUUUGACAUCACUGAUGACUGGAUCCAAUCUGGUACCGUUUGUUUGGGGAGCAGCGAGGGAUUUUAAUCAGCAGUACUUAUGUUUGGGAUGGUGGUUUUGUUAUGUGGAAUUUCUCAUCAUGUAAAUACGUACAAUUUAGAUUUUUUCUUAUUUUAUUUUGUUGAUUGCACACUUUGUGAAUCAGCUCACAUUGUCCUGUUUUGGAAAGCUUUGAAAUUAGCCACACUUUGUACAAGGAGGGUGUGGGAAUGGGCGACAUUAGUGUCUUUGUUGUCAGAACCAGUUGAGAGGAUGCCCUUGUGAGCUACCGCUAUCAAAGUACAGCUCCAUCGUCAAUGUAGGCCCAGUGGGGGGUUUUUUGGUCAAAAUUUGGCUAGAUGAUUUAAAUCCAGUUAGACUACACAAACAAUCCAAAGGCUUUUAAAAGGAAACACUUUUAAGAUGGUGAAAUUAUGUUAUAGCAAUUGUAUGGUAAAUGCCAAACUGCAGUGCUGAUGACUGAAAGGGACACAGAUUUGUGGAAGAAAGUUCUUCACUAACUAAGAAUGGUGAUCAAAUCUGUGGACCAAAAUUACAGCCAUAAUUCACUGAGUUAGUGCAUUAAAGUAUGAAGUAGCAGUCUUAUUGAUAAACUAUAAUCUACAAGUUCUGUCUGCUAUAAUAAUUUGGCAAAUAUCCAUCUGACUGAUGUUGAGUAAGAGAAAUAUUUAGCUUUACAUUAGUUGCCCAAAUAGGUAACAAGAUUGAAAAUCUAUUUCAUGUUUUAAAGAUAUAAUGUAUUACUGACAAUGUAUUGCAAGUAGAUAUUACAUACAGGCAACGUGCAUCAGAUUUAGAGAAUAAAAGAGCAGUCUUCUCUGUUGGGGUAGAAGAGCCACAGACCAUGGAAACUAUGUGGUGUCAACAAAAAUUCAAAUGAGAUUAUUCAAAUAAUGUGAAUAUUAGUUAUAAUCUAUGUAUAAAGAUAGACAGAGAAUGAGUUUUAUGCACUACAAUGAAUUUUGCUGGUGUUUACAAAUUGACAGUAUGCACAAAUUAUUACCAGUUGAUUACCACACCGAAUUAGGAUAAUUAAUCUUUUUAUUGAAAUUAUGGAUUAAUUUUUGCAGUCCACUUAAUAUAACCCUUUAGAGAAGUCAUGUUCAGAUGUCGUACAUGGAUUAGUAUGAUGGCAGUAUUUCCAGUUUCUAACUAUUUGUCUAAGUGUCACUAACUUCCACAUUUUUGUUAAGUUUUAUUUUUACAUAUUGGUCUAAAGUUUUUUUUUUUUAUUUGAAAGAUUAAGUUCUAUUUUAUUAUUGUUCUAAUUUGUACAGGAUUUUGAUAAUGUAUUAAUGCAUCACAUGUACUCCCUGCUUUGCUUUAGUCUGUGUGAAAUUGUUUUGAACAGGGAAGUCGAAAAAAUCUCAAGUGCGCUUCCCUUAUGAGGAUAGUAUGAUAUGAAGUGUGGAUCUCAAUAUGUCAGUAAAUAUAAUUUAAAAAGAAGUAUGCAGUAUGGCAUAGUUUACAAUGUUGUCUUUCCGUUUAGAUGCCAUAUCUGUUGUUGAUUCUUGUCAAACAAAUAGAUACAAUUAAAAAAAACAAACAAUUUAUAAUCAAAUAAUCUACUUUUUAACUCAGAGAGUGUGAACCAGUUAUAUGAUAUUAUAGAAGAUAAGUCAUGUGUGUAUUUGGAGAAAGUAGAAUUAAUUUUAUAUUAUUGGUAGAGCCUGUGUCUAGGUUUAGUUUGACCUCUACCCUAGUUCCUAUACACAUGUUGUGUAUUCUGAUGUGCAGAAAUUAUGAUUGUGCUGCAUGUCAAAUGAAUAUGUACGUUAAGGUGGCCAAUGACCAUAAAUCAAUACCUUUUGAGUACAAAACCAGUUUCAAGACUGUUUUGACUCAUUUCACUCACUUGAAUGAAGAGCUAUCAUGCAAAAAUUCCUGCAAGUUCAUCAUAAACCUUUAAUGUUUUCUUUUAUUUAAAAAUACCGUGGCACAAUAGUCCAAAAUGACCUUUGAAUCUCCUGACAUAGAUUUACAUUGAUUUUCUGUACUGACGAUCUAUGCUGUUGUAUUUUGCAUAAAUUUAAACCUGUUUAUUGCUAGAUUUUUGACCUACCCAUUAUAAAUUUGAAUUUUCUUCUGUUUAAUUUGUUUAACAAAUUACGAAGUUCUUCUUACAUAAACAUUUUGGCAAUUCAGGUGGAAAAAAAUCGCCAUAAAUUUGGAAGUUGUGACAUCAAUCAUGUACAGAGCACAACAAGAGAGUUGAGAUUCCUGCUGAGGCUGAGUUCGAGUUCGGUAUUUAGUGACCUACUGUUGAAGUGAAGUGAGGAUGUCAUGCUCAUUUCAUGCUCACGAGGCAGCCUGAUCUUAUGCUUAUUUUUCACUGUAGACUUUAAAGCCUCAAACUUCAGAUGCAGGAAUGUGUAAAAAUUCAUUCGAUUGCAAUCUGGCAAAGACCUGGCUCUCUCUCAUGCAACUGCAGUAUUGUAAGUGACAUCAAAGCAUUCAGUAAACCAUAGACCAUUGUGUAAAACUUUGGGCAAAUAUAGUAACAAGGCUAUUAGCACUUGUUAAAGUGUAAUAUAUAACCUUGGUUCAUAACUGGUUUAUAAUGAAUUCCUUGUUCAGGCAGAGACUGCAUUACUCGUCUUGCUCAAGCUAGGACAUUUACAUGUCAUAAAAAUCCUUAACAAUUCAGUCCCAUUGACUAACAUUCAGCACAAUGAAUAAUAAAUAGGUUGAAUUUAAUUAUCAUCUAAGAAUGAGUCAAUUUGGGGAAUAAGUACUGUAUAAAAUGUGCCUUUUUAAAGUACUGAGUGAUCUGUUAUCUGUUUUAACCAUAUAAAAGCCUCAUGUGUUUACCUGCCGUUGGUACCGUAAAGUCAGAAACAGUGUUUUGCAGUAUUGGUGAUUUUCUUUAGUACUUUUCCAUUUAAAACUUUGUAUGCAGUAUAUAUGUGGGCAUUUUUUUCAUGCUUGCUCAUUUUAGCUAUUAUAAAUAUCUCAUGAAGUACUUUUGCACAAAUUCUAUCAAGAAUUAUUCUGAAUGAUACAUCAGUAAAGACUUCAUUAAUAUUGCCUAAGUGGAUAUCAAGGUAAAAAGGAGGACACCAAAACAGCCAGGAGAUACUCAUGCAUGCAUAGUCAUUCAGAAAGUUACAGCUUCACAAAAGAGUAUGUAAAUAACAGGUAAACGUGCUGCAAAUCUACAGUCAGAACAUCUAAUGACUUGAUAAUUACAUUUUGGGCAUGCGUUAAUAUUAUAGAUUUUUUAAUAGCUUGCAUUGUCUAAACCCUCCCAUUACUCCUUUUUAACCUCAAAUACAACAUUCCAGAUAUAUAAAACUUGCACAGCAUCUGCACAUUCAUCUGUGGCCUCUCUAUGCUUCUGUGAUCUAAGUAUGCAUAAAAACAUAAUGAGCCGUUUGCUAUUUUUAAACCAUUUCACUGCACUGGAGACAAUUCAACACUUUAUGUUCCUGUAUCAGACCCCCACAUAGUUGACUUGUUAUGAAUGACUGAGCAGUGUUACGUGGUUUAGUACCUACAGUUCUCUUUGGCGUGGACAUUAAUGCAUUAAUAAAGUGUUAUACAUAUCCUAACAACUUGUAGUGAUGAAGACUUUGGAUUGCUGUUGUCUGAUGCACACUAUUAGCCUCUUUAAAAAAGAAUUUUAUAUAUUUUUAGCAAGCAAAGCUAUGUCUCGCAUUCAAAGCGCUGUCAGCUCCAUCUGUGUAUCGCCUUCUCUGGCCCAGGCGUCUUUCUCAAAGCCGGUUUUCGGAGGGCUGUGUGCAUGGUCAGGAGGGGAGAUUCUCCUAACCUAGCAGUUAAUAAAGUCCUUCCUGUGCCUUUGUCAGUUUUGGUGUAGGACUUUGUGAGGUGCUGGAGGGGUGCCGCCUUAAUCGCCCAUGAGCGUUGCUGCUCCCAGCAGUGCUCAGGCAGAGCGCACCAUCUCAGAGAAAAUGUUAUUACAGCUCCAGUUCUGCAGGUUAAACCUGCAUCCUUUCAAAGACUUGCUAGUAAGUUUAGUUCUGAUUGACUCCACAGAGCAAUGUAAAGAACAAAAUCCAUUAACCUUUGACAGUUCUUGACACUCAGCUGGUUUACAGCUUCAACCAUCAUGUGACUUUCAUAUGAUACACUGAUGAUUGACUGUAAUGGCAUUAUUCUGUUUACAUUUUUAGGGUUUUUUUAUUGGUAAUACAUUCAUCUGGAUAAUAAAGUAGCUACCAAAUAAGAAUACCUGAUUCCUAAAGGUCUUUUUUUCCCCAAGUAUUUCUCAAUCCAGCCCUCAUUAUUUUCAGUGAGCUGGAAAAUAAGUUAGCCAGGCAAUGAUGCAGCAUUCCUGAUAAAGCUAUACGCUCUUAACAGAGCUAUCUAAUACUGCGUGCUAUGUGAAACUGAUGAAGCUGCCUCAUUGCGAGGAGUGUUUGUGUGAGAAGCAAGGAAUCAAUUGGAAUUUUAUAAGCAUAGUGCAGAGUUUUAUAAAAACACUCAGUGUAACUAGCAGAAGAUACUGUGACAUUCUCUUUCUCUCAUAGUUGAGUCUCAACUGUCAGUUGGUCUAUUUUGCCAUUAACUUAGAAUGUCAGGGAGAAUUUGCAUGGAUACAUCUAACACUGAGAUGUUAACCAAUAACUUUUAUGUGAUAAAGCUACCAAAAUACAGACCCCAACCCCUAAUAAGUGUGAAAUCCCUAUCCUGGGCCAACCUAUGUCUGUUCUUGGGUUACUUUUACUUUUUUAGAAAGAGCCUGUCCAUUUUUUUCUAAAAUGCUUCUGUUUGGACAGCUUUUAAACUAAAAUUAAAGUUUUACUGAAGUUCUGAUGCAAAGCUCAUCUGUUCUUCACCCUUCUUAAUCCCUUAUUCUUCACCCUUUUGCUUUUCAUCUCCUCGAGGUUUAAUUCAUAUUUCAUUGCCUUCUUGCUCCUGUAGUUUACAAGCUAAAGCCACCAAAGUUGGCAUAUAUAGUAAGGCUGUCCUAACCUGAGUGUACCCAUUUGGUUAACUCCAUUACUUCUUAAUCAUUUCUGCUUUCAUCCCUCCUUGAUCCCAUACAAACCCAUUGAUUUUAUGCUUCUUGAGUUUUUAUGAUAGACCCAUGAAACCUGGUAUAAAGAUUUAGACCCAAAAUGCAUAUAACUGCAUUCGUGUUGAUAGCAGUCAUCUAUCCAAAUAUACAGUCCUUAAUUUCAUCCUUCUGGCAUCCAAUAAAGAGCCAUUUAUUUUCUGGAACCUUGAAUUUAUGAACUAAUCAA